AUGUAUAUCUAUCCCUUUUUGGCAUGUAGUUUUAUUUCCACAAGAUAUAUAGUUUUUCGUGAAAAAUAA